CAGAACACCGAGAAGCGGCCGGGGACACGGGAGGCGAUUCCUUCAGGGAAAGCCCGGGCCGGCCUGAAGAAAGCGCCUUUUCCCGGCUCGGGCCUUCCCAGUCCGCCAUGGGCCCCAGCAAACUGCAUACACAGCUGCAGUUCAACAGGAAUGUGCCCUCGAUCCCAGACAACCUGGCCAUCAGGUACUCGGGCCCUCGUCCCAUCAUCAUAGAGAAGCUGAGGCCCCCAGGCAGAGCCAGUGCCCCUGGGCUCCUGGAGGGCGCCGACCCCCAGGCCUCGGUCCCUUUUUCGGUGGUAUCGGAAGAAAAGCUGAACGUGGCUGUCCACCUGGCCAGAAGAGAUGUCAGGAGAAAGCAGCUGGAGAACCUGGUGACCGAGGCCCACGCACCUCGGUUCCCCCAGGGCCAGGGCCAGGCCCAGGCCCGGGGCAUCCCCAAGUCCAACCUGAGGAGGAACGAGCCGACCAAGAAACCUCGAGGUCCUUUCCCGGCCAGGCAACAGACCUCCCACGUGGAGAUGGCCGAUCCCAGGCCCGCAGCCCCCCUGUCCCCUUGUCCAGAGAUGUGCUCUCAAUCCGAUUCACCACCCACACACGACCCGGGCUCUCAGGUGUGUGCCCAACCGGCAGUGGAAUCUCGGAGCAUGCUCGAGCUCCGCCGGCUGCAGAAAGAGCUGAGCACCUGUAUCCAAAGGAUGGAAAAGGUGGCUGCCAAGGAUGGACUGGAGGAAGAUCUAGAACCAGAUAAGGCCGAGCGAAGUCGUGUACGCAGGCAGGAGCAGACUAUCCGUACAGCCCGUGUGCUCUAUGGGCUCCAGCAGCAGGUGAAAGAAAUCCAGGAGGAGCUGGAUAAAUUGGGCCCACACGAAAUUAAGCACACCAAGAAGUCCAGAGCGAUGUCGCGCUUGGCAGCUGCGCACCGUGGAGCCAUCAGGGCCCUGCAGAGCUUCGUCAAGCAGUUCACAGAUUCCAGGGGACGGGCAGUUUCGGAGCGCUACCGAGAGCUGGGCACCCUCAUCCGGCAGCUUUCCCUUUGCUCCGCCAAACUGGACAACGACCCUUCUGUGCCCGACGUGGUCCUGGAGCUCCUGCAGCAAAUUGAGGAGCUCGACUCCCUCCUGGAAAAGAAGCCGUCCCUCGGAAAGAUAAAGAGAAGCUUUCCUGGGAAUCGGAGCCAGUCUCCGUUGCGUUUCCCCGGGGCCUUCGAGCGGUCGCUGAGCGCGUCGCCAGCGAGAGACAGGAAGCCCUGCGUGGCCAAGGAGAAGCUGGCCCCAGAGGGGAGGUGGCCCGGGGCGCGAAGGCUCCUGGAGGACGAGCACGUGUCUUUCAUGCUGGCUCCCCCGCCGUGCCAGCUGGCGGGCGAGGGGCCGGAGGGCCAGCCCGAAGGGGAGCGUGCCUCCUCCCAGCAGGACGUCGCUCUUCGAGGCAGGCCGGUGGCAAGAAUGAGGACCAAGCGGCCACUGACCGCCAGCGGGCUCCUCCAAAGGCACGGCGCUGGGCCAGCCACCAAGUCACAGCAGAAACGGCCUCGAAAUCGUUCUUUCCUCUUCUCGCCGAGCUGUCCCGGCGGGAGGGCUUUCCCCGGCAUCGGCCCAUCAUUCUCUGCCCCAAGCGUGACCCACAACUUACUCGGCCAUGGUUGUACGGGCCUCCAUAAAGCAGAGAGGCUGCGCCCCCGGCAGGCCCCAGGCAAGGACUGCAGGUUCCAGAGGACCACCGUGUCGUCCCGACUAAAGAGGAACCACCCCCCCGCGAAGGACCUGCGGGCGCCGUGGAUCCCCCCCAACCCCACGUCCCCUCCAGCCUCCCCGAAGUGCGUCGCUUGGGGCAAGGCGAGCGGCAGCCCCAAAGAGGCCCCCAGGGAGCCGUCUGUGCAGCAGGAGGCCGAGCGGGUGGAGAGGCCCCCGCGGGACGCCGUGGAGCGCGAGGCGCUCAGGAAGGCGGCCUGGCCCCGCGCCAAGACCAGUGCGGGGGGGCCCCCCGCCUCCCCGGAGGGGAAAGCGAAGGAGCCGCUUCCCGAUGGCCCCGGCGCCUCCGCUGCAGACCAGGUGAAUGGGGGAGCCGGGCGAGGGGGCCCCGGCGGGUCUGGAGAGGGGCCCCAGAGGGCCCGCGGGGAGGGGGCUCCCCCCGGCCGCCUGAGACCCACGAGGACCCUCGCCUCCCGCAGGCUGGCCUGGCUGGACGCCGAGAGCUCCCGGAGGAUCAAGGAGCUGGAGGAGCUCCGGGCCCGGGAGAUGGCCAACGUGCAUAGGCUGAGCACGUCUGCCUCAGAGCUGGUCGACAAGGUGGAGAAGGUCGUCCUGGAGCGUCUGAAGCCCCUUUUGGACCGAGCCAAGGAGGUCAAUUCUUUGGAAGCCAGCACUCAGGUGGGGGAUUAUUCGUCUUUCCCCGGAACCCGGGCCCAGUCUCCCGAGAAAGUGCUGCCCAGUGAGGAGGACGCGUCGGACGUCGCACCGGACAAUUUGGCUCCGGGCCUUGGCAGCGGCCGCUCUCUCUCCGAGGCCUCGGAGCCCGAGGCCCAGGGCUUCCAGCAUGAGGUCAGCCCCACUCUUUGGACCAUGAUGCAGCGCAUGGAGGAGAUGGAACGGUGCCAGGAGGCCGUCCGGCAGAGGUUCAGUCAGAUGGUCUACGCGGAUCCCGACCUGGACUUCGGGACCACGAGGGGGAGGAGCGACAGAAAAGGCCCAGCAGUCAAUGAGAGGCCGAGGCCGCCUCACCCAAUCCAGCUCACCAAGAGGGCAGCCAGUUGGGAGCCCGCAGCCACCGUCUUGCUUGAAAAACCUCUGGAUGAGAAGUAUUUUGAUGAAAGUAUGGACAUGGAGGAAAGAGGGGAGAAGAAAGCCCCCCUUCGCCCUGUGCCCCCCACGCUGCCCCAGCAGCCAGAGGGCAGCACCCUCCUCUCCGUGCCCCGGGAGACGCUGCGCAGCCUUGGCGACUACCAGGACAGCUACCAGCAGUAUCUCCGGACCAUCUCUCACGAGUCCGUCGGCUCCUUCAACCCGUGGAUUAUAGUGGAGAGCCUGGCAGAAGAGCUGGUCGAGGAGGCCCUGGAAGACGUCGCAGCCGAGCUCCAGGAUGUGUGCGAGGAUUAUGCCGAGGCCGUGUUCACGUCCGAGUUCCUAGAACCUUCCAAGUAAAGGCUGCCAGGCUGCGGCCCAGCGAGCCGGCCACGACCUCGACCUCAGAGCUUCCCUCGGGUCUGUUUGCCCCUUGCAAUGAAUGAAGCCUGGCAGCCCCUGCUGUCCUCUGCACACUC